UCUUCCCCUCGUCCAUUUGUGUUUCCUAUUCUAGGCCUUGCACCGUUUCACUUGAGGUGAAAUUGAAACAGUUCAAAGAUGAAAUGAAGAUUCAUCUUUAUGAAUAUCAACGAUAUUUUACUGUAAGCACUUUUUAGACCUUAAGGCCACAUAUUGAAAAUGGCAGAAAUGAUCGAAGGUUUGAAUCUGGUGUUACUGGGGAGAACAGGAAUCGGGAAAAGUGCUUCAGGAAACGCAAUACUGGGACGACAAGCUUUCAAUUCAGUGAAGAGCUCUACUUCAGUCACACGAGACGUAGCUGCGGAAUCUGGGACUGUCUGUGGACGACGGGUCACUGUUUAUGACACACCAGGAUUGUUUCACACCGUGAUGAGUGAUGAUGAGAUUCAGCAGGUAUAUAAAGAUGUUCUCCGGAGAUGUGAAUCAGGUCCCUGUGUGUUUCUGCUGGUCAUCAAAGCUGACAGAUUCACUGGGAAAGAGAGGAAAACUGUGGAGAAGAUUGAGGAGAUACUGGGAGAAGAGCGCCUGGAAAAAACCUGGAUUCUCUUCACCAGAGGAGACGAACUGGAGGAAGGAAACAUGACAAUAGAAGAAUAUAUUAAUCUGUCUGAGCCACUGAAGAGAGUCGUUCAGAAAUAUGGUCGGAGAUACCAUGUGUUCAACAACAAGACGAAAGGACAGAGCGAGCAAGUGAGAGUGCUACUUGUAAAAAUUAUCCAGAGCUUAAGAG